GCGGUUGUAGUUUGGAAUUGAAGAAAAAUAUUAUUUAAUUUUGACCAAUAUAAUAGGCAGAGAGAAAAAUGCAAACGAAACCUAAAAAAGGGGUGUCUGAUUGUUAAUUAAUGUAUUUAAAACCCGAUUGAUACGGUUCACCGUAUCAUCCCUGCUUAAAGCUUCGUACACACUUUUGAACAUUUACCCCGAACAAAAAACAGAUCAUCGAACCGAACGACAAUCGAGAUUCACAAGCUCCGGAGUUACUCAUUCGAAGUGAACAAAGUUUCAGAUGAUUGGCCGAUGAACCAAAACGCUCACAAACGAACGCCCCAAAGCAGGAAGUGCUGCCCCGAACAACAGAAAAAACAAACCUAUUCAGAGUAACUCUCAAAAACAACACUUUUUUUAAUCCAAGUGACAUUCUGCGGCUGAUAUCCUGCGCAAAUUACUAGUAAAGUGGUUCCUAGGGCUUCAUUGCUCACUACUAAAAUCAACAAUACAUGUAAGGAUUUAGCUUAAAUUUUAAAAAAAUACUGCAGGCACAAUUAUUUUGUAUUUGGCGCUAUUCUUACCGGAAGCAUAAACGUAACUGUCACCGCUGUCAAAUUUGGCUGCCAUUUUUGUUCGUUUCCUCUAGCUGUCUUUUCCGCAAAGGACAGAAACAUGACGGGGUUUAGCCAAAAGCCCAUCCUCAUCGACGGAAGGGGCCACUUGUUGGGUCGCCUAGCCGCAAUCGUAGCCAAAACUCUUCUUCAAGGAAAUAGAGUUAUUGUUGUAAGAUGUGAACAACUCAACAUCUCCGGCAACUUUUUCAGGAAUAAAUUGAAGUUCAUGUCAUUCUUGAGAAAAAGAUGUAACAUUAAUCCUGCUCGUGGACCAUUCCACUUCAGGGCUCCUUCCAGAAUUUUCUGGAAAACUGUCAGAGGAAUGUUGCCACACAAAAUUGAAAGGGGAAAGCAAGCUCUUCGUAAACUAAAGGCUUACGAAGGUAUCCCACCUCCAUAUGACAGGAGGAAGCGCGUCGUUGUCCCUGGAGCUUUGAGAGUAGUUUGCUUGAAACCAGGACGUAAAUUCUGUCAUGUAGGACGCCUUUCAAACGAAGUCGGCUGGAAAUACCAGUCCGUGGUCCGUACAUUGGAAACCAAACGUAAGGUCAAGGCUGUUUUGGCUAUUCGCAAGAGAGACAAACUCAAGAAGAUCACCAAGCAAGCUUCUGAGAAGGUGGAGAAACAAGUUACACCCUUCACACAAGUUAUUAACACUUAUGGUUAUAAUUAAGACAUUUAAAAUAAAAAUUUUAAUAAAUUAUUUUAUUGGUUUUAUUUAGGUAAAACCGUCAAGCCAG